GAAUUGGGGGGACUCUCUAUUGACACUCUGUAGAAGACGAGUUUAAAAGAUGUCUCAAAUCCUAACCGGAAAGCAGCAAGAAGAACUCAACAAGGCAAUUUUGCAAUACUUGGAGCCACUUCUCACAGAGAAUUCAAAUAGUCGAGACCUUGUUGAGCCACUUGCACAGGCACUUAAUGUAUCUACGGCCGUAGCCACAGGGGAUGGAAUAAUCCCAAACUAUUUGGAGAAAAAAUGGUCCACUGUCUUACGUUUACAAAGGCGUAUUUUAGAUUUAGAGUCUGAAACAAAUUCUUUAAAAUCAGCACUUCAAUCAAAACCGAAUUUACCAACUUCAGACGACAAACUGAAAUUUGAAUGGACUCCUAGUACAACAGCAAAAGAGUUUGCCAUGCAAUCGUCACAACUAGUGUCAUCUGUGCAAAUACAUCCUCAACUACCACUAAUUUUCAAUGGAUGCUCAGACGGUUCAUUAUUAGUCUGGAGCUUGGUGAGUGAUAACAGUGAUGCAGGGAUACCUGAAAAGAGUAUAAAAGCCCAUACAAGAGGUAUUAAUCGUAUAAAACUUUCUGGUGUGCCUAUUAAUCUUUCAACUGUUGACUCUCAGUUUAAUUAUAUUCUCGCUACAUGCUCAGCUGACUUAACGAUUAAAAUAUGGAAUAGUUCUACUUAUCAGCAAGUCCGUACACUUACAGGACAUGACCAUACUGUAUCAUCCAUUGCAUUCUCAAAGAUACAACCAACUAGACUUUAUUCCGUAUCUAGAGAUAAAAGUACCAAAGUAUGGGAUAUGACGAAUGGAUCGUGUAUCAAGAGCUUUGUUGGUCACAGUGAUUGGGUCCGUGAUAUAGAUGUCAUUGCUUUGGAAGGUGAGAAGAACACAUUAGGGGACUUCCUACUCACAUGUUCUAAUGAUCAAUCUAUCAGACUUACGCACGCUGAAUCAGGCACUGGGAUUGCACUUCUUAUUGGCCAUUCACAUGUCAUUGAGAGAGUAAAAUUCUUACCACUUUCUUCCAAUUAUAUACUAGACAAGUAUAUCAAGGAAAACUCCUCUGCAUUUCCAACCAUUCCACAAGACUUGGUUGAUGAUCCAAUAUAUACAACGACGUUGGGCUACAAAUAUUGUAUUUCAGCGGGCAGAGAUAACACAAUUAAACUCUGGUUACUCCCACCACCAGUUUUAAGACCGCAUAGAAGUCCAUUGCCAACUCUGCAUAAUAACUCACAAGGUUGGCAUAUUGCUGAUCUAAUUGGACACCUGUCGUGGGUGAAAGCCCUUGAGGUACAUCCGAAUGGAAAAUAUAUUUUUACGGCCGGGGAUGAUAAGACGAUAAAGAUUUGGGAUAUAAAUGCAUUACUUGAGAGUGGAUCAGUUCAAUGUGUGAAGACUCUAAUUGGACAUAAGGGUUUUGUAAAUGAUGUUAACUUUGCACCAGUAAACAACGCGGCACAACCAAUAGAGGACGGUCAAAACUCAGGAGAAAAUGAAGAUUAUGAUACAUUUAAAGAGAAAAUGGGGAAGCAAAUUCGAUGUAUAUUUGUUUCUGGUGGAGUGGACAAUAGUGUCAAGGUAUGGAACUAGUUUAUUGAUUUAUAGCCUGUUUUUCUUCUUUUAUGUACUA